AUGACUUGCGGACUUGCUUUAAAGCGCCCACAUGAUUAUGAGGCUUAUCUUAGUCCUGACAAUACUAUCGAAGCAAAACGUUCUCGUGGAUCUGCUUAUUGCUCACCAUUUAGACCUCAACUGGGUACCCUUGCUGCUAGUCUUCCUAUGAAUAGUACACUUAAUCUUCUCAAGGAUAAUGAAACAAAAGAUAAUUCAAUAUUUGCUGGAAUUGAAAGAUCCUGUAGAUUAACAGAUCAACAAAUAAGUCGCUUUCUAAAUACUGAGAUAACAGCACUGAAUAAAAGGAAAAGACUUAUUGCAAAAAGGAAGGAUAAGAAUGCAGAGGAUUCACAGUGUGAGAUAUCAAAUAAUAGUUCUGUUAAAGCAGUAUCAGCUUACACGAGAUUUAGAGAAGCCGGGUCUCCAAGCUCAGGUAGUGACUCAGACAGUGACUCAUUGCUUAUUGGAGGUAAAAGAAAGUGCAAUAGAAAAGGUGAUACACAAAAUGAACAAUUGUACACUUAUGAAGAAAUGUUUAGUAUCAUCAAUCGCCUUUUGAAACAACAAGAAAUAAAUCUCCGCUCUGAAUAUGAAGUAACAAUAAGAAAGAAAUUGGAGGAACAGCAUGAGCAGUAUUGUCAAUUUGCUGAAGAACAAUUUCAAAGGAACAACAAGAACGAUCAUAGCUAUUCUUAUUUUUCAUAG